AUGGAUAUCUUUAGAAUUCUAAGCAGAGGAGCUUCUUUAAAGAAAUCUAGAGAUGUGACUACUGAUUAUGCCCUCCCUUCAGCUAAGCAAAACCAAAGUCAAAAACAUAAAGAGGAAUCAAUCUUAAACCAAGUUGAGAAGGAGACUGAUUUCUUUCACACAAGGAAGCACACAAAACAAGUACCAGAAAAGGAGGUUGAACUUGAAUCUCCUGAGCAACAGAAAGAAGAUGAAGCGCCUCCAUUGGAGUUGAAAGAUGAAGACGAUGCCAAAAAGUUUAGAAAUCUACAUAGAUCUAAAGUUACUGGUGAUGACAUUCCUAUCCCUAUUGGUUCAUUUGAAGACAUGAUUGGCAGGUUCAAAAUUGACAGGCAACUUUUAUCUAAUCUUAUUGAUAAUGACUUUAUUGGGCCCACGGCUAUUCAAUGUGAAUCAAUACCGAUAACUUUAUCCAGUAGAGAUUUGAUUGCUUGUGCUCCAACAGGUUCAGGUAAGACAUUGGCAUUUUUGAUUCCCUUGAUUCAACAGCUUCUCAAAAAACAAGUUGAAAAAAACUAUGGAGUGAGAGGGUUGAUCAUUUCUCCUACAAAUGAAUUAGCAGUACAAAUUUUCCAAGAAUUGGAAACUUUGGUUAGGGGAAAGAAACUUACCAUUGGUAUAUUAUCAAAACAACUUGCAAGUAAGUUGAAUAACGAUAUCGUCAAAGCAUCCAAGUACGACAUCAUCGUAUCCACCCCAUUACGUUUGAUAGAUAUCGUCAAAAAUGAAAAGAUUGAUUUAUCCAAAGUAGAUCAAUUGGUUAUUGAUGAAGCUGAUAAAUUAUUCGAUCAUGGAUUUGCCGAGCAGACUGAUGAAAUAUUGAAUCAUUUAACAAAUACCAAGAUACGAAAAUCAAUGUUUUCUGCAACCAUCCCAUCUGGAGUUGAAGAGAUGGCACAUUCAAUCAUGAAGGACCCAAUUAGGGUAAUCAUUGGUCAUAAAGAAGCUGCAAGUAGCACAAUUGACCAGAAGUUGAUUUUUACGGGGAAUGAAGAAGGUAAGUUGUUAGCUAUUAGACAAAUGGUUCAAAAUGGGGAAUUCAAACCUCCAAUCAUAAUAUUUUUACAAUCAAUCACCAGAGCUAAAGCAUUGUUUCAUGAAUUGGUGUAUGAUAAAUUGAAUGUUGAUGUGAUACAUGCGGAAAGAACACCAAAGCAAAGAGACGAGGUGAUUAAGCGAUUCAAAAACGGUGAUAUUUGGGUUCUUAUAACAACUGAUGUGCUUGCUAGAGGUGUCGACUUCAAAGGUGUGAACUUGGUCAUCAACUAUGAUGUCCCGCAGAGUGCUCAAGCAUAUGUGCAUAGAAUAGGUAGAACAGGAAGGGGUGGAAGAGCUGGUAGAGCAGUCACAUUUUUUACGAAGGAAGAUGAUAAAGCAGUCAAACCAAUAAUCAAUGUCAUGAAGCAAUCAGGUUGCAAGUCCGGAUUCAGUGAAUGGAUGGAAAAUAUGGGCAAACUUAGCAAAAAGGAAAAGAAAAACGUCAAGACUCACGAAGUCAAACGAAAGAAGAUCAGUACAGUUCCCAAGUUGAUAAAGCAAAAGAGAAAGCAAAAACAAGAAAUGAUAGCUGCUUCAAAAAGAAGAAAACAAGCUGAAAGCAAUUAG